ACUUUUUUAACACUCUGAGUGUGGAUUAUAUAUACACUGGGAGUGUUGAUUUAACACUGGAGGUUUUACUGUGUAGGGACUGUUUACCGCGAUCACUCUACUGCACAGCCUGUGACCUUUCCACACAUGAGGCCCUGGUGCUUCAUAACAGAGCAUCCAUUGUGGAGGGGUUCUUCAGACACCUGCCGCCAUCCACUUUUGUUCAGCAGCACGAGGGAAGGAAAUUCUCCUAUCAUGAAAAAGAGUGGUAAGAUAUGUGGGGACACAAUGCAGAGGGCCUUCCUCGAAUGGGCCUAUGCUAAAAUUGAGGUUGACAAGCUGUCUCAGGUCCAGCAUUUUCAGUGUCCUGCAUGCACACCCUCCAUGUUAGCAGUUGCAGUGGAUGGGAACCGCAAAUUAUAUAUUUUCAAAAGCCAACCAGGACCUAAUGGGUUUUUUGAUGGAGUCUUUUUGGCCAAUGAUUCUGAGGUGUCCUCCUUUGUUGAUUACAUCCAUGGAACAACUGGACAUGAAUCCAGGGAAAGGGAGAUGUGGUGCGGGUCAGUGGACCGCAGCACGAGAGUCCGCCAACAAGUCUGCAAGCAAACUAGACGAGGAAGGUGUUGAAGUUGCUGUCUGCCGUCAUGGGGUUUUGCUGAAGGGACUGAAUAUGUUCCGUGGAGAAAUAUUUGCAUAACCAUUAUAUCUCCAGAAACAGCUAGCUUCACAGACCGUCCAGUUUUUCUGCUCUGAUGUGGUCUGCAAAUAUUGCAAAUAUCUGUCCAGAGUUGGAGGACUUGCUGAACAUGCGCCCAUUUCUCUCCAUCAUGCAUGCAAAAGCGCAUUCAUGGAUGUGUGAGUUAAAAUGGGGGGGACGCAAUCAAGAAGGAGCUGGAACAACAAUCGGAGAGGAGGUUGAACAGGUUAACAGCUUCCUCUCUCGAGCAGCCAUAUGUUCCAAGUACAUGUCAAAAGCCGUUCGCACAGACAUGCUAACAAUCCAGGCAGGUGGCUGGAACAAGCGAAAGGCAGAAAACCUUGACCGGACACUGGCCAAAAGAUACAUCAAGACUGUACAAAGGAUUGCAGAGGCAACAAAGGACCUGGAGAAACUCACAGCUGAGUUAUCUCUACAGCAAGACACAGUCCAGCAGUGGGUGUCUGAUGUUCAGCAGUGGACCUCAGGAGCAACAAUCCAAAAUGACCUGCAGAGGACCAUCGAGGGGCUAUAUUUGGGUUUCAAACAGCGAAAAUUUCAGCUGUAUCGUCAGUCUGGUGGGAACAAGCGAAGGCAUCAACUGAGAAGAAAGAUUGCUGUUGAGAAGAAAGCCUUGGAAGUUGCCAUCAAUGACCACAAUGCUACUGUUGGGGAAGUUGAAAAACUGCCUCCUCCCAAUGAACUCCUGGCUGUGGACAACUACUCCUGACCAUGGGAAUGUCAUGGUGAUAUGGAGCGGGAAAAAAAUGUUUUUGACAAGGUAAUGCUGCUGGCUAGACUGAAAGAAGAAGAAUUUAUUGUGGUUCGAGAAGUCAAGCAGCGCAUGGAGUACAUGAGGAGUGUUGCUGGACUGAUUGAAGACUUUACCUUUCAGCUCACUGGAGACACCAAUGGGAAAUGCAGUACAGAGGGCUUAAUGGAGAAAGGAUGUGAGGGACUACUCUGUGUGCUGAAGAGAAGAUUGUGUGAAGUUGAAGCACAACUGGCUACAGCACGCACAACAUACAAAAGUAUUCUUGGACUACAAACAUUGCCCUUAGAUGACUUUUCUGAAGAGGAAGACUCAGAGAAUACUUCCUCAACUGAUGAGGAACUGGGAGAGUAGUUAUUAGAGAUGAUGUGUAUGACUCUAAGAAGAUGUCGUCACAUUGUGUUGAACCCAAACGUCAGUGCUGUAAUAACUUGUCUGUGCUUGUUUGUAUAUAUUGUACCGACUGUUGUUUACAUUACCUAUUGUAUUGUUACUCUCUCCAACAGUGUGCUAUUCCAGCUUAUGUUUCCACAUGUUAGUAUAUUAAUACUUUCACUCACUCACACGCACACGCACACACACACACACACACACACUCUACUUUGCACACACACACACACACACACACACACACACGCACACACACACACACACACACACAUACACACACUCUCACACACACUCUCACUCUCUCGUUCACACAGUCUCACACACGCACACACACACACACACACACACACACACACACACACACACACCUACCUAUCUUUAGAAAUAUAGUCUUUAUUUUGAACAGGGCAUAGUCUCUUAGCUCUAGAAAGCCUACUUUAUUAAUUUCACCCAGUAAAGUGAACUGUUGUUUCAACUAUA